GCCAUUUGGCUGUAGUAAACACACUCACUCCGAUGAAUGCUUUGCUUGAUUCACAGACUUACCGAAGGGCAUGGUUGAUGGGUUUGUUGGAACGCAGUGAUUGUUAACUUCCUUGAUGAAGGAAGCCAUGUCGAGAAUGUUAAAGUGAUGAAAAAGAUGGCUCUCGUAACUGAUUUUGCUAAGGAGCUAGACAAUAACAGAAAAAGAUGCCUAGAAAUAGAAAAAAAGAGCAUACUGGAUGAAAUCGGGUGCUUGAUUUUGAAAGCUGAGGUCGAAAACUUACAGAAAAGGAACAAGGAACUUGAGGAGCAGAUCGCAAGGUUUCAGAAGGUCAUGAUCAAUGAAGAAAAGGGGAAAAUGACGAUAAUUGAUCUAACAUGUGAAGAAAACGAAAAAGAUGAGUUUCUUCGGUUAACGAUCAAAAACAAGGUUUUGGAACGUGAGAAAGCAAAAGCUGAAAUUGAGCUUCGUUUAUGGAAGGAAAAGGUCAAAAAAUUGGUGUCACAAGUUUGUGAAUUUGAGUCAAAGCUGAACAUGAAGGGCAUGAAUGAAAAUUGUAGCAAAGUUAAAAAGCGAUUACCAUUUGAAGACGAUGGAAGCUUCAAUAAGAACAUUGCCCCAUCAAUUCCAGGUUUUGCCCCUCCCCUUUCUUCUGUAAUUAUCGAUAUUAGUGAUGAAGAUGUAAGUUACGAUGAUCAGAUCCCAAAAGUUCAAAAUCAUUCUAAUUCAAUUUUGAAGAACGCUGAUGAAGAUCAUACGGAUUGUUUUAAACUGCAGUCUCAAGUUUCUAUAAAAAGAAAAAGAUCUUGCAGAAUAGUUGCAAGCGAAGAUGAAACAAGUGAUGAUGAUGAUGCUCCAAUUUGCACACUCAUAAAGAAAGUUAAAGAAGAUGAAAGUAUUAGGCAACCCUUAAAGAAGCUGAGAAAAUUAGAUGACAUCAUUCUUGAUUCUGCAAAUGGAUCAAAUGAAUUUAAAGUAACUUUAAACAAGAUUAGAAGCAAAAAGGAUUUGAAUUUGAAGUGGGAUUUAGAGGGAGAUAUGUUAGCUGAUUCUAAGAAGGAUCCUGAAUUGUGUAUGAAGGCUGUUUGUGUUCUUUAUAAACAACAAACAAAAGAUGAGAAAGAAUGUAAUGGAACACUACAUCAAAAUGCAAGAGGGUUUAGUCAGACUAAUGUAUUAACGGCUAGUAAGGUGGCUGAAAUUUUUACUGAUGGAGACUCAAGUGGUGAUUUGAACAAAACAGUUGAAGAGUUGAGAAGAUAUGACACAAAGGGGAGUGAAUUAUGCAUGACACUUGCAUUUAAAUAUUCAAAGCAGUUGUUUGAGAUUUACAAGAACAAAGAAGAUCCGUUUUUCAUGCCUUAAUUACAAAAUAGGUGAAUCUGUUUAAUUUUCACUUGUUUAUUCGGUUAAUAUUAUCAUCAUAUCUAG